AGCUCACCAGGAGGUGACAGACAGAGCCAAGAGCCAGUGAGAUGGCAGACGAGGCCUUAGCUGGGCUGGAUGAAGGAGCCCUCCGGAAACUGCUAGAGGUCACAGCAGAUCUGGCAGAGAGGCGAAGGAUCCGCUCAGCCAUCCGGGAGCUGCAGCGGCAGGAGCUGGAACGUGAAGAGGAGGCUCUGGCAUCUAAACGCUUCCGUGCAGAGCGGCAGGACAACAAGGAGAACUGGCUGCACUCUCAGCAGCGGGAAGCUGAACAGCAGGCUGCCCUCACACGACUGGCAGGGCGGCUGGAGUCUAUGAAUGAUGUGGAGGAGUUGACCACACUGCUGCGAGGUGCUGGUGAGUACGAGGAACGCAAGCUGAUCCGAGCUGCCAUCCGCCGUGUACGGGCUCAGGAGAUUGAGGCCGCCACUGUGGCUGGGAGGUUGUACAGCAGGCAUUCCAACAGUGGCUCUGGAGAAGACAGCAAGGGGCGGGCAGCAUACAGGCUGGAACAGCAUAAGGUAUCAGAAGUCAAAGAACAGGAGCAGCAGGCAGAGGUCCCAGAGCCAACCCCAACUCCCGAGGGGACCAGCCAGGAUAUAACCACAGUGACACUCCUGCUGAGAGCCCCACCUGGGGGCACACCUAGCUCAUCAGCCUCACCCGACAGUUCACCUACCACUGCUUCUCCUGAGCCUUCACUGGAGCCUGCUGGAACCCAAUGCCCUGCUGCCGAGGCUCCAGGCAGCCCUGAGCCACCUCCUAGCUCUUCGGGAACCCCUAGACCUGAUUCCCCCGAGUCACCAGCCACCCUCAGCACUGAGGGGCAGGUGGUCACCAAGCUCCUGCCUGGGCCCACAAAGCCUCCUGCCACCCAGAGCCCCACCAGAGGUCCUUCCAAUACAAAAAGAGCAGAUCUGGCUAGCCCCCGACCCUGCCAACGCUCUGUAUCUGUGCUGAGCCCCCACCAGCCAGCCCAGAACCAAGAGUCCACUCCCCUUGCCAGCGGACCUUCUCCAUUCCAGCGGGCUGGCUCUGUGAGGGACCGCAUUCGCAAGCUCACAUCCAAUUCUCCUACAGCUGCCAGGCUCCAGGAUGGCCCACCCCGGGCAGCUUUAGGUUCCCCGACUCCCACAAAGCUCCUGGGCCCCUCCUUCAUCAGCACCACCCCUGCUGCCUCCUCUAACAGCUCCUCCUCUCAGGGCCCCAGUGACACCUCCUCCCAGCUCAAGCAAAGAGGAACAGCCCAGCCCCUGGCCCAGCUUCGGAGCUGCCCCCAAGAGGAGGGCCCAAAGGGGCGGAGCUUGGCUGCCAGGUCCCUUGAAAACAGAGCAGGGGGGCCUGUGGCCUGUUCAGAGGAACCCAGUACCCAGCUGCCCGUGGCCGUCGGUAUUGCUGAGCCAGGGAGCAGUAUGAAGACUACAUUCACCAUCGAGAUCAAGGAUGGCCGUGGCCAGGCCUCCACAGGCCGGGUGCUGCUGCCCACAGGCAACCAGAGGGCAGAACUGACACUGGGGCUGCGUGCGCCCUCCACGCUCCUCAGCACCAGCAGUGGGGCUAAGAGCACCAUCACCCAUGUCAGCAGCCCUGGGACCCUGUCGCGCUUGGGCAGUGUUACUCAUGUCACCACCUUCAGCCACGCUUCCCCUGGUAGCCGAGGAGGCUGCAGCAUUAAGGCAGCUGAGGAUGCCGGGACCCCAGUGGCCCACCCGCCUGCCUUCAGCACCCGCCGCUGCUCCUCUGCCGGCCCCACCCACAGCAGCAGUCUUAUGGAGCCAGAACCAGCGGAGCCCCCUUCUGCUGCAGUGGAAACAGCCAAUGGUGCUGAGCAGACUCGGGUAGACAAAGCACCAGAAGGGCGGAGUCCUUUGAGUGCCGAGGAUCUGAUGGCCAUUGAGGAUGAAGGAGUCCUUGACAAGAUGCUGGAUCAGGCCACAGAUUUUGAGGAACGGAAGCUCAUCAGGGCUGCACUCCGGGAGCUCCGACAAAGGAAGAGAGACCAGAGGGAAAAGGAGCGGGAACGGCGGCUGCAGGAGGCACGGGCCCGACCAGGGGAGGCCCGAAGCAACACAGCCACAGAGACCACCACAAGGCACAGUCAACGUGCAGCCGAUGGYUCAACUGUCAGCACUGUUACCAAGACUGAGCGGCUAGUCCAUUCCAAUGAUGGCACACGGACAGCCCGAACCACCACAGUGGAGUCAAGCUUUGUGAGGCGCUCGGAGAAUGGCAGUGGUAGUACCACAGUGCAAACCAAAACUUUCUCCUCUUCCUCCUCUUCAUCCAAGAAAAUGGGCAGCAUCUUUGACCGAGAGGAUCAGGCCAGCCCGCGGCCUGGUAGCCUGGCCGCACUGGAGAAACGACAGGCAGAAAAGAAGAAAGAGCUGAUGAAAGCACAGAGUCUGCCCAAGACAUCAGCUUCCCAAGCACGCAAGGCCAUGAUUGAGAAGUUGGAGAAAGAAGGUGCCACGGGCAGCCCUGGCGGACCUCGUGCAGUUGUGCAACGCUCCACCAGCUUUGGUGUCCCCAAUGCCAACAGCAUCAAGCAGAUGUUGCUAGACUGGUGCCGAGCCAAGACCCGUGGCUAUGAGCAUGUGGACAUCCAGAACUUCUCCUCCAGCUGGAGUGAUGGAAUGGCCUUCUGUGCCCUAGUGCACAACUUCUUCCCUGAGGCUUUCGACUAUGGGCAGCUUAGCCCACAGAACAGGCGCCAGAACUUCGAGGUGGCCUUCUCAUCUGCUGAGAUGCUGGUGGACUGCGUGCCCUUGGUGGAGGUGGAGGACAUGAUGAUCAUGGGCAAGAAGCCCGACCCCAAGUGCGUCUUCACCUACGUGCAGUCGCUCUACAACCACCUGCGGCGCCAUGAGCUGCGCCUGCGUGGCAAGAAUGUUUAGCUGCACCGCCCGCCCGCAGCAGGUUGCCGCCCCCACCCUCCAGGCACUGUCUCCUCCCUGUGCUCCCGCCCACCGCUGCCUUGUCUGUCGCGACACCCUCCUCUGCAUACACACGCGUUUUGAUAAAUUAUUGGUUUUCAACGA